AGUCCUGUACGUAGCUGAAAAACUAAUUUUUAUAGAGGCAUUGUCAAAUCCUGUGAAGCUGAUUCAAAGCAUCAACAUAGCUAUACGAAAGAUACUUUCUACCUGCUAGGACGCGUGGUCCUGGCAAACGGCGAUCAUUUGGAUUUGUGUCGAUACUUUUUCCUACUUACCGUAUAAAAAAAGCAAGGAACCCCCCCGAAUGUACCUUGCAAGACCAUAACAUAAAUGAUUAUGAUAUACUGAGCACACUGACUCGUCAUAUCAUUAUCAACCUACCUUUACGAGAAAGAUCUACAAGUCAUAUGGUCAAGAAGAUGAAGAUGUCGAUAAGCCUUACCAUUCUCGGCCGAGCAGCCGCCCAUUUCCCCCUGCUUUUCCUCGUUCCGGCUGCAUCGACUUCCUUCCUCCUCUCCUCCCGGGUGGCUUCAGUCAUCAACCGGCCGGAUCCGGAAGGCGAGAUCGCUAGUCGUACAGGCGUCGAAUUGCCAAAGACCCGUUUGCCCUCCACCUUCUGCGACGAAAUUUUUCACGGCGUCUGGCUCGAAAAUGAUAUGGAGCCCACGAAAAACACGGAAAAACACCGGCACGCCCGUUCUGCGCGGAAGUUCGACCAUUUUAUUGGAAAGUAUUGGAAAGACCAAAAGUACAAAAUGUUGAACGGAAAGGUAAUGGAAAACGUGAUCACACCCUUGACGGAUUGGAACCGGGAGAAAUUGCACGCGGAGGUACCGUUUUCCCCCGGCGUCGAAGGCUACUACUUGCCCAAAUACCAAGUGCAGUUUAUGACCGGCCAUUUCAACCCGAAAUUUUGGGUCAAUGUCGAGGAAAACGAUUGCAAACUGUUUUUGGAUGCGGUGAGUAGGCUCGCUGAGCAGAACAAAGUAGAGCUGGUCUUUCUGCGCCGGAGUGAAGAGCUAGUCCGGGUUCCUGAGCGAGAAAGUCGUUUGUUUUUCGUCCGGGGGCGGGGGACUUCGUCUUUUCUCCAAAUAUCCUGUGUGAAAACGUGCCACGCCAUAUUUGUCAUGCAGUAUUGCGCUGAUGCCAGAACUACAUCAGAUCAUGUGUCGUGUGACUCUCCAUCACAAUCAAUCUCUAGUGGAGGUUUUUGAAAGGUUAUGAGGCUCCAAUCACGAUAAGAAAGUGCAUUUCUGAUGCCGACAUGCAGGCUAAUCGCAACUACACUACAAAACCGAGGUUGUCACGCGCGAUCCGCCCCAAAGCUCUACGUCGAUUUCUGUAGGACAUUCCCCAUCUUGACUCUGGGGUGGGUGCGUUUUUUUUCCAUCGGAUACGAGGAGCUGCAAAAUCAGGCGAAUACGCUGUUGGGUGAAAAGGAUAUUUGGUGGAAUCCAACUUGGGCUCCUCACCUGCAAUAUUACAAGCCCACCAUGGUCGGGUUUUUGAGUAUAAAAGUCGAAGAUGGAGGCGAGAAACACGCAGCCGAUUCUACUACUAGUAAAAAGAGCUCCUCGUCCUCCGCAGCGCCAGCGUCCUAUCUCUAUCAUUCCAGCAGUAAAGGAGCAGCAGCAGCAUCAGUAGUUGAAAUCGUAGAUGUUCCAUCGGCGGGACGCGGCAACGGAGGUGCUAUGGCUUCUUCCUCCUCGUGCGAAGCUGCAUCCUCGGCCUCCAGCAAAGCUACAGCGAACCUGCAGAUGCUGUUCCGGGGCUCGAAUGUUGUAAGUGGAGAUAGUAAAAAGGCCCAGCGUCCUAACCCAGGCGCGGCCUGUGGUCCUCGUCUUGUGCCACCUCCUCACGAUGAACGAGUUGCCAGCGGCAGUGCGCCGGCGCAGCACCUUUCUCAACAGCGGCCCGAGGUGGACCAGUACGGUAUUGGCACUUUCUCUGCCACGUGCGGGGCGGGAGCCGUGCGCCAGCCACUCACGCCGGGGCUGGUCCCGAACGCCGGGGCGGUAGUUGCUUCUGCCACUUGCGGGGCGCGGGCGGGGACCGUGCAGCCACUCACGCCGGGGCUGGAGGUCCCGAAUUUCAUCACCUCCUCGUCCGCGAGCGCUUUGGCAGCAAAGGGAAGUGAGCAAGAAGUGUUCGUUCCGCAAGUCACGCUGCAGAUUGACUGGUAUCCUUACCAAGACGGGAAAAUUAAUAGCCAUCGCUACACGAACGCGGAGAAGCAAAGGGAGGUGGGGACUUGGAGCGAAGAAAAGAAGCGGUAUAUCCUGAGUACUUAAAAACGUCCUCACCCGAAAGACCAUAGUCAAGAUGGAAAAUCUGCGAACACAAGUUAUCAUGGACGAGCUCUGGGAUGAGACGCGCAUGACACGUUUGGGGCCGCAGCGUAGUUGUGUGUAGCUUGCGGCGCGGACGCAUCACUACGCCGCCUUCUUUUUCUGAUUUGAGCAUGACGAGGCUGAUGACGAUGGCCCUUGUGGUCCGUCUGACUCCGCGCUUUGGACGCCCGACUAUUCGCGGAAGGGGAGCCUCAACAUGCAAGGCGCGUCGGUUUAAUAGACAAAUUGAAAUUUCCAAACACCAUAUACAGAUGAACGUCUGCCAUGGGGGUGCACAUGAGAGACACCCUGGGCAUGGAGAUCAUCUUUAUGACAAAAAUAGGGCGGGGACGUUUUUACACUGGACGUGACACGUCCGAACAGCGGGAGUACUGCACGAGCAGAACGACAAUGCAGUCCGGCAGAAGAGCGGUAUCGUACGAAAAAAGUGUAGUUUCACUGUGAACAACUUGCGCUGCGGCAGAAGCGCUUGGCUUGCUAGAAAUGCAAGACUGUUAAGUUUUGCCCGUGAUGUGCUUGAGGAGCCACGCGUGGCAGAUUUUUCCUGGCAUGCGAAUGAGCAAAGUUGUAUAUGCAAAUCCUGCAAGAAAAUCAUCGCAGUGAAAGUCAAGCAGUUUUUUCGUGCGAUAAGCUGCGGGGAAAAACCUCAGUUGGGGCGGGAUCAUGCGCGGUUUCAAUGGAUCAGACCCCUCCUGCGCUUCCGCCCGAGGACGGAAGAUGUUUUAGAACCAAUCAGGAUCCAAGAAACGGCGGACUCUGGACGCUAUGAAUUCGCAAAAGUUAUUGAAGCAUCGGACUUCUAAUUGCAUUUACAAACUUGCUCAGCGUGGCAAAUCCAAAUGGAAUUUGUUGCUAAUAAAUUGCCUAAGACGUCGCUUACUUUUUCAUGCGUGAUUGCAAUUACUACGAAUGCGACUGCGAUAUUACUUUUGCACAGCAUAGACGCAGGAGCACCACCAGUGGGUCAUCCCCUCCAGGACCGCUUCCUGCUGCCCGUCCGGGAAGUUGUGGCACUAGUCCGUGUUGGCCACCAUAUUAUACUUCUAGUCUCUCCUGCUCCCCUUCGUCUGCUGUUUCUUCACCUUUCUGGUCCUCCGAGGAACAGGUCGCACGACGCGAGCUGCAGCAAGUCUUGCAGCAACAGCGCCGGACCUGUGAGCAAGUCUUGCAGCAAGUCUUGCAAGGCGCCGGACCUGUUGCUGCAGUAGAACUACAGGAGGAGCUCGACGUAGUACCUAGUACUUUGCUUCUGUCAUCUACCGAAGUGCCACCUGUGCUAGGGGAAGAUGGUGUCGAAGAUGCCUCCUUCUCCGGGAGCGCGGAGUCACCGGGCACGACCACGACGAGCGAGAGUUUGUUUUGUGGGACGAGAACAGGUGGCGAAGAAGGCGGACGACGCGGCGGCUUCAUAGAUGAACAAAGACUACAUCACUCGGCCAGAGGAGGAGAAGAAUUCGAUUCCCGUUACACAACUACCGCAUCGUAUCCAGCACUGCCGCCGGAAGGAGAGUGUUUUCGAGCAGCGCGGCUUGUUCGUGGUACUACGGAAGUAGAGCAUGUAGUUGACUUUGUCCAAAAGCAGCACGGUGAGCAAUUUUUACCCAACCACCCUGCCACCUCUUCCAGGCUAGACAUCAUGCCCGAAGCAAUGGCGACUAGAUCCUGCCACGGUGGUUCCGCGGCCUCCAGCAUGGACGGGACACCUCCGGGACUGGCGACGCGUGACCACGGCGAGUAUCCAGAAAAGCAACUGUGUGUAGUGUAACUUCCGUGGAUGAGCAGCAGCAUCACAAACUUGUCUCGCAUGACAGAAAAACUUGUCAUACGCGGCCCCUAGUGCGUGAAAUCACAUCUCGUAAAAAGAGGCUAUCACGGUUGUCUGGCAUGACAAGACUAGGUCUAGGGACGGAGAAAGUGCCAAAAUUCAACCCCCCCGGUAUCUGGCUAAAGCCAGCGGCAACGCUGGCUAAAGCCAGAGAAGCGGGAUUUUCUUCCGCAUCGAUAGCAACUUCUGAACAGGGAAAAUCAUCCCAACCGAUGCGCCGCAAACGCCAACGAAAAGGUCGCAGAACAUGGAGUGGGCGCCGGAUUCGCUGCAUUUUUAGGCGCUAGAAUUUUGCGGACUGCUUGCGUUUCUUGUCGUCUCAACAUUCGCCCGCACAUAGUGGGCACUAGGUUGAGACCCCAGGUGGUUGGCCGUUCGGCGCAAAGGCCCGAGCCAGUUUUCUCUAUGCGCGCUCCGCUUUUUCCCGGAGCGCCCAUUUCCGCUUUGGGUGUAGACAGUGUCACUUCGGGAAGCUAGCCCGGCUGGCCUGCUCCGAACAAGACAGGCCCGGCUGUGGAUUUUUCAGUCAGGAUCCCCGACGGCGCGGUCGCCUCUUCAAGCCGGGAGGGCCCGCCGGCGGGGGGCGGCCAUGCCCUUUUGGCGUGCGCGCCCCCUCUAACAAAUGGCGUGGGCCCGCCGGAUGCAAAAGGCUCGCCCGCGCGCUGGGCCGGGCGUAGGGUGGACUCGGCCGGGGGGCCAGAAGGUAUGAGAGAAUGAUUGGGAGUCGUGGUGGAGUAGUGGGCGAGGCGCAGAAUGACGCGGCGUGCCGGCGGUGUCCGUGUUUUCUGAAUUUUUUUCGCGCACCCCCCGCCGCCCGGAGCAGCCGGCCCCGGGAGGCAUGCCAUUCGGUGCAGGCCACGCUUCCCCAGGGGGGGGCCCCUGUUACAAAGGCGCUGGGCCGGAUUUUUGGAGCCGAACGCGAAAAAAUUGCGCACCAGCCCCAAAGCGAUGGCGCCGCGUUUUUUUCUUCGGGGAACGAAGAAGAGGAGAAAAACACCUCGGGACGCAAACCGUAGCCAGUACGUGGAACACGCGCCCGGCUUUUUUGUGGCCCGCCGCACAAUGGCCGCGCGGCCCUCCUGUUGCCCCGACUCCGCGUUUCCCGUCGCCCCCGGCCAGCCUUGCUUCUGCUUUUUUCAAGAAAAGCGGCGCCGGUUUUCUUUAGUUUCGUUUGUGCCUGCGCCCGUCUUGUGCCUGUCUCGUCCCCUGCCUCCCUUAAAGUAUGUGGCGUGGAGCCGCGCAUCCUGCGACAAAAAAUUGGAGAACCAUCCAAAAGGAGCGCAGCGGCGAUUUGCCAGAGCAGUGCGCCGGCUGCGCGCAGGUGCUGCGCGUGUUUGCCUCCUUUUGGAAGUUUUGCGCUCUGCUUAUGCUUUAUUCGGUGUGGCUCGGCUCCCUGCCUUCUUUUCGCCUGGCCUUCCUUGCUGCAGCUUCUGACCGCUAUUGCUGACGGCGUCUCCUGCUUGCAGGCCCCGGGCCCCUUGGAGUUCUUUGACAGAAGCGCGCCGCGCUGCAGCCGCGCGCCCAGCUUUUAUCUGGCUCUGCGUGUGUACCGUGGGGGCCAGCGGCCCAUUUGCGGCCCUCGUUCUAUUUGUCGCCUGGUGGCGCCCCCUUUGGUUCCUGCCCAGUUCCCAACUCUUCGCCGGCCCUGCUCGCAGCGUUCGCGCUUCGGCCCCUGCUCGUUGGUUGCCCCGGCGUCGUCCUUGUUGGUAUUCCAAAGCCCGGGGGAAGGGCUCGGCGAAGCAGUUCUUUGUUUUUUUGCAAGCCCGCGACGCCCUUGCACGCCGAGCCAGCAGCGUUUGCAUUUUUUGUUUCUGUUUCAUUCUGUUUUCCGGCGGCACAGGCGCCCGAUUCCUUCGGCCGAGCCCCGCCGGGCAGCCCAGGGCAGUCGGCCACGGGUGGCGGCCCCCGCCCGCCCUCGGCGCCUUGGCCGGAAAACCGCCUGCCGGCCGCGCCCGCCUCCCGUGGCCUUUGCCUCCUUGGUUCCGCCCCGGGGACAAAGAAGAUGCCCGAAAGGCCGCAGCGCGCUGCGUCGGUCGGCUUUUUGGGUUGCGUGAGAGAGUAGUGGCGCUGUAUGGGGCGGCGGGCCUCCUAGCACAUAGAUUGAUGGGCGCGGGCCUCUAGGAGGGCGCCUGGUUGCACCCGCAUCCAUUUCCGCGUCCGUUGCGUUUCGGGGGUAGUUUCUUUCGGGCGCCCCCUUGUUUGCGCCCAAAGGCCCCGCCUCCCCUGUCGGAUUUGCGUUGAGCUUUUAUACCUCCGGGCUCGGUCCCCAUUCCCCUGGGCCCUGGCUUUUAGCCCCCGGGGCGACUCCGGAAUCGGUCUGGGGCUCCGGAAUCAAUCUGGGGGCUAAAAGCCAGCCCUGGGAAGUUGGAAGCGCGGCCGCGGGGCGGGGGUGAUUCCCUUGGGUCGCGGGUUGUCGCGCCCCCUGCUUUGUGGCUCCCGGCCCGCGCGCGGCGCGCCGCCCGCGCCGCUUCGGGGAAAGGCUUGGGGGCCGGGCGCGAUGGGUCUUGUGUGGUUUCCACCCGGGCUGCCGCGCCCAAGCGGAGCAGCGGGCAGGGUGAAACCCUAGCGCCGACCGGGGAAACUGGGCUCGCCCGCGCGCUUCCCCGCGCCCCUUUAUUUUUGUUGUGGCUUGGUGGUAAAGGGUGCCCAAGCCGUCUAGUGCGCCGCGCCCGCGCCUCGCAGGUUGCGUGGCAAGCAUAUGAUUGGGGGCAGCAACGAUGCUGCAUGUGGUUCGUCGUUUCUUUUUCAACAGCCCCCCCGUCCCGUGCGUGCAGCUGCCUAGAGGCUGCUGGACCACCCGUCUUCCGGGCGGGUGGCAGGGUGGCGCCGGGAGUCUUCGGGGGGCCGGGGUGUCUCAUUCGGUCGCGCGGCUUUGGCGGCACCACCGGCCCGGAAAUCUCUGGCGCGCAUUUGGUGGGCCGCGUCGAAGGUAGCCACCCGCCCGGGCUCCAUUCCUGUGUGCCCCUUUUUUGGUUGCCGCGCCCACCUUUCGCCCGCCCUGUGUAUGUUUUAUUUCAUCGACCCCGUCCCGCCGCCUGCUCCGAGGCCCCAACUUCUAGGCGCCGCCCUGCGCGCCCUGUUGGGGCGCGCGCCUGUGGCUUUUCGUGCCGGCCCCAACUCCCGGCGCGUGGAGCUACUUUGCCGGAGGAAGGGCGGCGCGCUUCGCUUGUUUGUUUUUUUUUUCGCCGAGUGGAGGGCGCGCCCCACCGAAAAUAAAACCAAGAAGCCGGCGGCGCACGGAGGGCCGGCGGCGCGGCGGGCGCGCGCGUGUGUUUGCGCGACGGAGGGGGGCGGUGGUGUGGGCCCGGGUCGCCUCCGCCCCUAUCUUCGACGGGGCGGGUUUUUUGCUGACUGGUUGGGAUUGUGUUGUGCGCGCGGCAGCCUGCGUCCCCACCCUUGCCGGCUUCCUAACUCUGUUUUUUUUGCCCGGGCAGGCCCAGGGGAAAAAGCGAACAAUGGGUGGGGUCAGCAAACAAGAAGGGCGGCGGACACGCAUAGGAAAGGAGGAGGGUUUGUCUGGUUGCCCCGCCUCCCGUUGCCCGGGGCGGGUCAAUCUGCGUGUGGGGGUCGCAAACCCGGGCGACAAAAAAUCGAAAAAAGCUGCAACGAGGCCCGGCAGAGAAAUUACGCGCGCCCCGCAGGGGUAUGGCCAAGCCCCCCAGGGUGCGCAAUCGCGCCCGCGAGGUGCGCGCGAGAUUUCCUUGAAUUGUUUUGCAGUGGGCCCGCUCCUUUGUUGUGGGUUUGCGGAUAUUGUGUGGCAAGAUUGGCGCCCCCGCGACUCAUAUUGUACGAAAAAGGAAAGAAGGCAGGGGCGCCGGCAGAAGUCAACACGCGGGAGCGCCCGGGCCAGGCUUUACAGCGCCGGUUAUGUAAUCCCGGGGAAAAGCAGAAAGGGCCAGGGGGGGCUGGGGUGGGGUAUCGGGAUUGCAGGACGCGCGGGGCCCCAUGGUGUGGCCUCCGUGAAAAGCCGGGCGCACCUUCUGCGGGCUUGCCACGUUGGCUUGCCUGCGCAAAUUUUCUUCGAUUUUGUUGCAGAAGAGAAAAACCCGCAGCGCCCAAUCGCCGAACCGGCUGCGCAAUUUGUGCAAAACAUUUCCCAGCGGGGCCCGAUACCGUUGGCGCCCUUUGGGGUUUUUGGGUAUCAAGUUCGCCCAGUCCCUUUUCGCGAUUGCGUGCGGCCGUCUGUGGGGGCGCGCCCCAUUUCCGCUGAGGCCCACGCGUUCAAUUGUGGCCCGGCGAACUGCCGCCCCAAUAGAAAGGCCGCAAAGUUUCGGCACGCCGCGUCUGUUUCGCGCGGGAUCCUGUGAUAGAGAAAAUCACAGAGCGCCGUUUCGGGCGGCUCUGUGACCACGAAAAUUUUUCAUCGGACAGGCCGCGCGAUUACCAAAAAGCAUCCGGCCGCCUGUGGUGGUGUUCUGGCUUUAGCCAGCGCCCUUGCUGGCUUUAGCCAGCGCCCUCGCUGGCUUUAGCCAGAGGCCGGGGGGGUUGAAUUUUGUCGAUUCUCCCUUCAUAACUAGGUCUUCUACUGGUACUGUUGCAUGGUUUCCUGCAUUGCUGACCUACGCUGGCACUGUUUUUCUUUGUUCCUUGUAUAACAAGGCGGAAGGCUGCUGGUUUACUAAACGUGGCGAGAAGAACUACACGGGGUGGGCUUCAGGAGUUGGUAGUAGUAGCGGAGAUCCUUGUCCUGCAGAUGCUCGUCUUGCUGUGUGGCUAGAUCAGCACUCUCGCGAACAAGAACGCAACGGCUUCUUGCGGGAUGGAGGUUCUAUUUGUAUUUUGCAGAAAAGCACACCCAUACGAGCAAAAAAAAAAAUGUGUGUUGUUGUUUUUCUGUCACAAAAGGCUGAUUCGCAAGAAAAGCAAAUAUCUGUCAUGCUAAAUGGAGAAUGAAUGUAAGACUGGCAUGUCGAGUAUUUUUUUGAGGCGACUCACCGAGGUAGUGCUCGGCUUUGUAUGUUGAGGUCGCCGAAACCGAAAGUGCUUCCUCGCCCACCCCCCGGGGAGGGCGGGAUCCUUGGCCCGUGGCGCUGCUGGGUGCGGGUGUCCACCACAUGAUGAGGAUGAUGACAAAGGUUAGUUUCCCAAAAAAUUCGUCAUGUUGGACAGCCAACGAGGGUCUAGUCUUUUUGUGUCACAAAAAACAGCAUGCCAAGAUUCUUUAAUAGUAUAAAUAUCUUUCUAUGAAUGGGUGUACUUUUCCGUAGGAUAAGAUCGCGCAGUCCACCCGCCGCGCCCGGUCCUCAACAGCAUCCUGGCCAGGACACUGCAGCCAGUCCUCAACAGCAUCCUGGCCAGGACACGACUGCAGCCGGUCCUCAACAGCAUCCUGGCCAGGACACUGCAGCUAUCGCAUGGAAAAGCGUUAGCGGUCACGGAACUUGGCAAUGGCAUGCAGUGCGGACACAUCAUGAGAAAAGGCGCCAAAGUUUGUGUUUUUCUAUAAAUACAUAGCACGCAUGAAUUUGUAAACACGAUUAUAGGGAGCAUAGGCGUGCAAUUGUCCGCGAAAGCCGCUACCGUUAACCCAGUUUAUUUGUGCUUGAUAGCAACUGAGUCUGUGAUGUCUGCCCCCGAUCGUGCGCGGCAGACCUUGCGUGCUCAUCUAGAUCUAUGUAGUCGGGCGGGACUACAAACCUGGACGUCCUGCAUCAGAUUAUUACGCAACCUGGCUUCUGUGCGUGCGCUGGGGCGGCAGCAGGACCAGGAACAGCACCAAUCUCUGAAAAAUAUUAUGAGUCAGUUCCUGCACGGCAGUCAUGAAGCAGUAGCAGGAGAUAUUGAUCUACUUCUUCGGGAGCUGCUGCAACACGACGACCGCUUUGGCCAGCAGUCCGCCGGCGAGGAUUCAUCUCAGCCAGAGCCGGCGGGCACCGCAGCUGCAGCUCCAGCCGACGACAUGCUUCUGUCCGACGGUGAGGCGCCAGCGCUACUUUCAGACGAUCAUAGUUAUCAUAGUUCCGAUGCUUCAUCUAUCAACUGCAAAAAUAAAGGUGUCUGGAGGCUCGGGAUGAAAGACUGCAGGUGUGUGUCAUGCAUCUUGAUUGUGCAAGCUAGCAUCAUCGAGAAGGCCCGUCUUGCAUGCGAAAGCACUAGGGUUUCGCGCAGGAGACUUCUCAAUGCAUAUCCUGCAUCGCAAGCCCCGUGGUCUGUCGUUCUACCAAGUCCACCCUGGCAAAGGCUCCUAAACCUGUUCUAACGCCCAGGCAUUGGUAGAGGCUGGAUCUGGUCUAACGCCAACCGUCAGGAGUCACGUGCUGGCUACUUCUAUCUACUACUACCACUGUCGUGCGAAUAGCAAAAAGCAGUACUUUUCUGCACGUAAGCCCUUCUUUUACCACAUAGAGCUGUGCGCUUUACCAGUUGGCACGUUUCCAGACACAGACGUCUUUGCACUGCAUAUCAUCGGAGCCAGAAUCCCUGGCAUCUCGUACACCGCCACGGCAAACCAGCGUCCCGAUGCCGCGGUUUCUGCAAAGAGACCAGAUGCCGAGCUCUAUGGUGGUGAGCCUGUAG